GCUCCUUCCCGCCCAGCAUCACGUGUGAUGUCAAAUGGAUUCUAAGGAAGAAAUUUGUCCUGUGUGUGGUAACACUUCAUAUGAGAAUCAAGAUGGACAUUACUACUGCCUUGAAUGUGGUACACAAUCACAGGUGAUGCACGAUGAGAUGACUGAGGAUGAUCCUACCAGUAUAAUAAUGUACAAUAAAUUAAGAGUGAGAAAAGUACCAAAAAGGUCACUGGAAGAUGAAGAGGAUUGUACUCUCUCACUCUAUGAGAGCUGGCAAUUCAUCUAUAAAUUAUACAUGGACCGUAUCAGUAAAGAGAAAUUUUGUGAGAAAGAUAUUGAAGCCUGUGCUAAACUGUUAUGGUUCAUGUUUCUUAAAUAUCUGUUCUACAAUCAACUAAGUGCUUUCAAUAAAGUAGACACUAUGGAGAAGUCCUGUAUUAGCAGUUCAUCAAACAUAUCUUUCAAGUCAUUGUAUCGUGUUAUAUUGAAAGGAAGGAGAACUAGAGGAACACCAAAAAAGAAGAGAGAGCAACAAGAAGAGGUUGAAGGGGAGGAUAGUGAUGAAGACUAUUAUGAUUUAUCUUUAACUGAUGAUUCCAGUAAACUGGAUAGGUUGUUUCAAAAAUCAUUCAAGAUUAUGCGAAAUAAACACGCCUUCAUAUCUAAGAGGACACUAGUUGCCUUGCUCUAUUUCUCAUUACUUUAUUCCAAUAAUUACCUACCUCUCAAUGACUUUAUAAAUCUAGUGUAUGAAGAUGUCAUCCCUUACUACUCAUGGCAUCUUGUUCUUCCUAAGGCUCUCACUAAGAGAAUGCUAACUUACCAGAGAAGGAGAAUUGCUGAGAACCAUUCCCCAUUGUUUCCUAAGGAAUUCUCAAGGUCAUUGUCACAUGUAAAGACAAGUCUGGCUUUACAGUUCCUACCACUUGAUGUCAUGAAAAUGGCCACAGUACUACUCAAGAAGCUGCUACUACCAGAUAGUUUAUUGACUCCUUUGAAAAGGUUACUGUACUUGUACCAGGAGACAACUCUUCCAAACAUGGGCCCGUACGUAUUGAUUGACGUUGGUGUCAUUAUUAAUAUCAUUAUAUUAAUGAAACUAGUUUAUAGAUUGGAUGAUAAUUAUGAAAGAGUUCAAGGAGAACAGUCUGUGUCUUCUUCGGAGGAUUUUGAUAAAUCGAAAUAUACUUAUGUUUGGGAAGACUGGGUUGCUAUGGUGACCAGGGAACGCUAUAAUAAAAUACAGACUGACAUUAAGCCAUCACAAAAUGAUUUGGUACAUUUGGACGACAUGUCUUGUUACAUGAAAAGUUGCAAGGAGAAGUAUUUCGGCAUGUUUAACUUGGACGUCAAUACGGGACAGCUUAGGCAAGGAGAGAAAGGAGGCCAUUUUAAGUCAUUAUUUGGGAACUUUGUCGCCAAGAGGAGAGAGAGGAGAAGGAGAGAGGAAGCAACUGCAACAGCAAGUGUAACAAAUAAGCGACAACUGUUUAUAACGAUUGGCGAUAGAGUUCACACGGUUGCUGAGGCCGUUGUUCCAAGAUGGAUACCGUUGGACUUGAAUUUAGAAUCACUUGGAAGAUCCAGUAGACUCUAUCAGCCAGUAAUGAUUGACAGGAGUAAUGUAUUGCCACUGGAGCAGCUGUCGUUAUCACAGUCUGAGCAGUUUCUGAUCGAUCAUUGUUCAAGGACCAUCAAUGUCCCUGUGAAUAUACUACUAGAUAGACUUAGAGUGGCUGAGGCUCACUUAACUGAUCUUUUAAUGAAAUCUAAUGAAAAUAUCAAUAUGUAUAUGAAAUGCAAAGAAAAGACAGAGAGAGAAUAGUUUUAUUUUAAUGAUAAAUUGAAUUGAUUCGUUAAAUGUUUAAUUAA